AUGGAAACACAACGCCAAAUUUUCCACGGACAUCCGUUUACAGGACCAGAGCUAAUCGAAAAGGUCAUUGGAGAAUUAUGGAGCAGUACACGAAUCAUAUUAGGACGGAUUAAACCGUUGAAGGAUGAUGGCCCAGAUUUGGGGCUCUCGAAAAGACUGAAGGACUACGGGAGGGGCGACGCCUGCCGCAAGUCGGGGAAGUGCUCAAUAUUAACCUCGGUGGUUCAGGUUCUGGGAGCCAAUCUGUUUCUUCCCAAUGUAUGGAUUACCUCCAGUGAUAAAGAAGGACUGCAUGCAAGCAUGUCGGAUGGAAUACAGAGUAAAUUCCGGUGCCACGCUGUGAUGUUACGGGAAGAGGGCUUUUCUACAGGGGCUGCACCACAUACUAUCGUUUCAGGGAGUCUGCCAAAAUAUGUCAAAGAAGGACAACGGGACGACGAAACUUUCAAGGAAUAUGCCCAACGGUGGAGAGAGUUAGCUGCGCAAGUUGAACCACCUUUGUACGACAGGGAGGUGGUGGCAAUGUGUGUGAACACUCUCCAGCCGCCAUUUUAUGAGCACAUGGUCGGGAACGUGUCUGCCAAUUUCGCUGAUAUCAUUAUAAUAGGUGAAAGGAUAGAAAUUGGGGUUAAAAGUGGGAAGAUUGCAUUCAGUUCGCCCACAACUUCAAAUUACAAAAAACCCAAUUUCAAUGCGGGAAAGAAGAAGGAAGGGGAUGUGCAUGCGGCGUCGGCAAUACCUGUGUGGAGAGGUCAAGCUCCUACUCAUAGCUUCCGACCAUACUUGGGGCAACCCCCUCUUACAGCUAAUGCGGUGUUUGCUCAUCAAGCCAGGCCUCAACAACAACAAGGUUAUUAUCAACCGCCAUUGCCCCCAACUGAUUCUUGGAGAGCUGGGGCAAUUGCAGGUCCAAAUCAGAAUGCGGGCCAAAAUACUUACCCAAGAAGGAACCAAUUUGUUAAUUUCACCCCUAUCCCUACAACUUACACAGAAUUGUUACCCCAUCUCGUCAAAAGGGGUUUGGUUGCUAUUUGUCCGAUGAAGCCCAUGCAACCUCCGUAUCCCAGGGGUUAUGAUGCAGAGGCCAAAUGUAGUUACCAUGGGGGAGGUGUUGGUCACUCAACUGAGAGGUGUCUGGCCUUUAAACACAAAGUACAGACUCUAAUUGACUCGGGGUGGUUAAAGUUUCAAGAAGAUAAACCUAGCGUCGAGACUAAUCCGCUUUCUGGGCAUGGGAGUGCCUCGACGAAUGCCGUCGAGGAUGAAAGACAUGAGUUGAUAAGAAACGCGGGUGAAAUCCGAAGUUCAAGAAAAUUUAUCUUUAAGGCGCUGAUCAAAGUGGGCCUUUUAAAAGGCGAUUAUGACGAGGAUGUAACGUGUGCACUUCAUCCGGACGAUGGGCACUCUAUUGAGGAAUGUGGUGAAUUUGAAGAUAUUUUACAGGACUUGCUGGAUAGAAGUUUAAUGCAAGUAUGUUACGAGGAUAAGGAGGGGGAAGUGUUCACACAAAUCGGCGGGGAAUCCGACGUAACUUUGCCUGAGUCAUUGGUGAUUCAUUUCACUAGAACCACCCCUAUGCCAGUGUCUGAAGAAAGGUCGUCUGUCGUCAUUCGGGGGCCGUCUCCCUUUCCCUACAAAAGCGAGAAGGCUGUCCCUUGGGUGUAUGGAGCACAUGUGUUAUAUGAGGGAAAAGGCGUGGAUUCGGCCGUUGAGAACAUAACAGGCAUAGGUGGGAUGACGAGAAGUGGUCGAAUCUUCGCGUCACCAAUGGUGACAAAAGAGGGGACCAAUAAUAACGAAACAACAAUGGCCGCGAAAGCCGGGGAGGACUUAAAAGGAAAGGGCGCGCAGGUAGAGGAGACCCCUAAUGAGGAGGAAAAGAAAGAAAUAUCCGAGGAAGAGGCCUGCGAAUUUUUAAAAUUCAUUCAACAGAGUGAGUAUAAGGUGGUGGAGCAGUUGAAUCGCAUGCCUGCCCGGAUUUCCUUGUUAGAAUUGCUUAUGCAUUCUACCUCUCACAGAAAGUUGUUGAUGAAGGUACUCAGUGAGGCUCAUGUCGAGCAUGGUAUUUCGUUGAACAAGUUUGAGGGCAUUGUUGGCAACAUCAUCGCUAAUAAUUACCUCACAUUUACUGAUGAGGAGAUACCCACUGAGGGGAGAGGUCAUAACAAGGCUCUUCAUGUCUCUGUGAAAUGUUUGGAUCACGUUAUAGCGCGUGUCUUGGUGGACAAUGGUUCCUCUCUAAAUGUCAUGCCAAAAUCGACAUUGGAGAAGCUACCCUGUGAUGGAAUGCAUAUGAAGCCUAGCUCUAUGAUUGUGAGGGCAUUUGACGGCAGUAAAAGGGUAGUUAUGGGAGAAAUUGAAUUGCCCGUUCAAGUCGGUCCUUGUGUCUUUCAAGUGACCUUUCAAGUUAUGGAUAUCCUCCCGGCUUAUAGUUGUUUGUUGGGUCGCCCGUGGAUUCAUUCUGCAGGAGUUGUGCCUUCCACACUACACCAAAAGCUGAAAUAUGUUAUGGGAGAUAAGCUGGUGAUAUUAUCAGGAGAGGAGGACCUCCUUGUGAGCGGACCAUCGUCCACGCGAUAUAUUGAGGUGGCUGAGGAAGCUCUUGAAACAGCCUUCCAUUCAUUGGAGAUCGUGGGAAAUGCCUAUGUGGAGCCAUUCCUAGUAAGCCCGCAUUUGUCAGGUGCUUCUAUCAUGAUGGCCAAGGUAUUGCUGAAAGGGGGGUAUAUACCUGGUAGAGGUUUAGGCAAGCAUGGGCAGGGGCGAACUUCUCCCCUAAAGGUCGUUGAGAAUAGAAACCGAUACGGCCUAGGGUACAAGCCCAACAAAGAGGACAAACGCAGGCUGAUAGAAGAAAGGAGAGAGCGCGGUCUGGCUCGUGUAGAAAGGCGUGAACCUCGGGUGGAAAAGAUCGGUAUUCGUGGCGUCAAGGAGAGCUUUCGUAGUGCUGGAUGGAUCAACGCGGGCCAUAUAGCCGCCGUGGAGGAUGAAGAUACCUCUGAAUGCUCAAGUUUCGUGCGGGCUUGCUCCCCAGCUGCACCACUCAACAAUUGGGAAACUUUGAGUUUACCCGUGAUGCUUAAUUUGGAUAAAAUAUAUGACAAUGAAAGUUUUGAAAAUAACUAUGUCGAUAUUCCUAAUUUUGAGCACCCUGUCGAUAAUACGGAAGAUGAUUAUGAAGAUGAUCCGGAACCCUCUCCAGAGCUCUUAAAAUUAGUGGAACAAGAGUCUAAAGAGAUAAAACCCCAUCAGGAGGAUGUUGAAGUACUCGACUUGGGAGAGGAAGGAGAGAUAAAGGAAGUAAAAAUCGGUACCGGCAUGAAAAAGGAAGUGAGGGAAGGGCUGCGAGCCCUACUGAAGGAGUUUAAGGAUGUGUUCGCUUGGUCGUACAAUGACAUGCCAGGGUUGGAUACCGAUAUUGUGCAACACAAGCUCCCACUUAAACAGGAAUGCCUUCCAGUCAAGCAAAGACUAAGAAGAAUGAAACCAGAAAUGUCAUUGAAAAUUAAGGAGGAGGUACAGAAGCAAUUCGACGCAGGAUUUCUGGCUGUGGCGAAAUACCCACAAUGGGUAGCAAAUAUUGUACCAGUGCCUAAGAAAGAUGGGAAAGUUCGAAUGUGCGUUGACUAUCGUGAUUUGAAUCGUGCAAGUCCGAAGGAUAACUUCCCGUUACCACACAUCGACACUUUGGUUGAUAAUACUGCCAAGUACUCGUUAUUUUCUUUUAUGGAUGGUUUCUCGGGGUAUAAUCAGAUUAAGAUGGCUCCUGAGGACAUGGAAAAGACGACCUUCAUCACGUUGUGGGGGACCUUUUGUUAUAAGGUGAUGUCUUUCGGGCUCAAGAAUGCCGGGGCAACAUAUCAAAGGGCGAUGGUGGCACUUUUCCAUGAUAUGAUGCACAAGGAGAUUGAAGUUUAUGUGGACGACAUGAUCGCGAA